CCACCAAAUAAAGGAGGGUCUUUCUCUCUCCUUUGGCACCUCAAACCUCUCUCUUCACUUUUUGCUCUUCGGAGAGGAGAGAGAGAAAUUCCAGAACUCUCCCGUCCUGCUCAAUCUCCCAUCCUUUCCCCAAGGGAAUCUCUAUCACUCUCUAUGUACACUUUCUUUCUCUAAAAAAAAUAUAUCUUCAAUCAAUCUGAUUCAGUGUAUUCGAAUCGCUGAUUCUGUUGUUUUUCCUAUAUCUUUUUUGAUCGACGGCGGCGAUUGGCUUUAAAGACUGAGAGAUCGAGUUAUGCAGUCUGAUCAGACGGUGUUGAGCUUGAGACCUGGUGGUGGUGGAGGCAAUCGAGGCAGUAGAGUCCUGGGCCCUCGCUUCGAGUCUUCGGCUUUCGCUUCUUCUCUCUCAUCUGAUCUUCCGGUUCUUCGCCCUCAUGGCGGUGCUCCUCCUUCUUUCUCUAUCAAGACUGGAGACUCCCGGUUUGAGGGUCGUGAGCGUGUUCGGUAUGCUCGAGACGAGCUUUUACAACUUAGAGAGAUUGUUAAUAUCCCCGAGGACAUUCUGAAGAUCAAACAAGAAGUUGAAGCUGAAUUUUUUGGUGAAGAUCAAAACUGGGUUCGUGGAGAAAGUAAUCUGCAAAAUCAAUCACAGGGUCGAUAUUCGGAGCCAGACAAUCGUGACUGGCGUGGUCGAUCUGCACAAUUUCCUACAUCUGGAGAAGAGAGGUCCUGGGAAGCUAUUCGAGAGAAUAAGGAGUUUGGUGGUCGAUUUGACUCUAGACAGCAGGAAACGAUUCAAUAUAAUCGUCAAGACCAACUCAACUCCCAGUUUGCGAGGACACAAACCUCUUCAAACCAAGGGGUAGGACCUACUGCUCUAAUUAAGGCUGAGGUUCCAUGGUCUGCUCGAAGGGGGAAUCUUUCCGAUAAGGAACGUGUCUUAAAGACAGUAAAGGGUAUACUCAACAAGCUAACCCCAGAGAAGUUUGAUCUUCUCAAGGAUCAGCUAAUUGAAUCUGGGAUCACAUCAGCUGAUAUUUUGAAGGGAGUUAUCUCCUUGAUAUUUGACAAGGCCGUGCUGGAACCCACAUUUUGCCCAAUGUAUGCUCUUUUGUGUUCCUAUCUCAAUGAAAAGCUCCCCCCCUUUCCAUCUGAUGAACCAGGAGGGAAAGAAAUCACCUUUAAGCGAGUCCUCUUGAAUAAUUGCCAGGAGGCAUUUGAAGGUGCUGACAAACUACGGGCAGAACUAAGGCAGAUGACUGCACCAGAGCAAGAGAUGGAACGGAGAGAUAAAGAAAGAAUGAUGAAGCUUCGCACUCUUGGAAACAUCCGUCUAAUUGGGGAGCUUUUGAAGCAGAGGAUGGUGAUGGAAAAGAUUGUUCAUCACAUUGUUCAGGAGCUUUUAGGACAUGAUAGUAAGACUUGUCCCGAGGAGGAAAACGUUGAGGCUAUAUGUCAGUUCUUCAACACCAUAGGUAAACAGCUUGAUGAAAGCCCUAAAUCACGGCGUAUUAAUGAUAUUUACUUCAAUCGAUUGAAAGAAUUAUCAACGAACCCCCAGCUGGCUCCACGUCUGAGGUUCAUGGUUCGGGAUGUUCUCGAUCUUCGUUCAAAUAACUGGGUCCCCAGGAGGGAGGAGAUUAAAGCCAAAACCAUCACUGAAAUCCAUUCGGAGGCGGAAAAGAAUCUGGGGUUGCGUCCUGGUGCUACAGCAAGCAUGAGAAAUAGUCGUAUUGUUUCUGGUGGUCCGGGGAGUAUUAGUCCUGGGGGCUUCCCCAUUAACCGUCCUGGAGCUGGGGGUAUGAUGCCUGGAAUGCCAGGAACCAGGAAGAUGCCGGGGAUGCCCGGAGUUGAUAAUGACAAUUGGGAAGUUCCUAGGUCCCGGUCAACGUCAAGGGGUGAUGUUUCAACUAUUCAGUCCAUUGGACGUGUCCAGCCACCAUUGAUUGGCAAGCCUACAUCAUUAAACUCAAAAUUGCUUCCUCAGGGUAGUGGUGGUCUUGUAAGUGGUAGGACUAGUGCACUGUUGCAAGGCAGUGGUGGCACUCCUGUCCGUUCGCCUAACCUUGGUUUUGGUAUGGAUCCUGCAUCCCAAGUUCCUGCGCCUUCCAAACCUGUUCCAACUUUGUCUGCGCUUCCAGUUGCUGAGAAACCUAUGGCUCCUGCAGCAAGGUUGAAUCUGGAUGAACUUAGGAGAAAAACACUCUCUCUUCUGGAGGAAUAUUUUAGUGUCCGCAUUUUAGAUGAAGCAUUACAGUGUGUGGAGGAAUUGAACUCCCCAGCUUACCACCCCGAGGUUGUCAAAGAAGCCAUUUCCCUGGCGCUGGAGAAAAGCCCGCCCUGCGUGGAGCCAGUUGCAAAACUUCUGGAGUACUUGAUUGCCAAGAAGGUCCUCACGGCUAGGGACAUAGGGACUGGAUGUUUGCUGUAUGGUUCAACAUUGGAUGAUAUCGGCAUUGAUUUACCAAAAGCACCUAAUAAUUUUGGCGAGAUCAUUGGGAAACUAAUUUUGGCUGGGGGAUUGGACUUUAAGGUUUUGAAGGAGGUGCUGAAUAAGGUGGAGGAUGAGGGGUUCCGGAAAACAAUAUUUGUAGCUGCAAUGAGGAUUAUCACUUCCAGUUCUACCGAACGAGGGAUAUUGGAUUCACAAGCAUCUGAUAUUGAGGCCUGUGAGAGCCUACUGUAGCGAGCCUAGAUAUCAAAAUCGUUGGAUAUUUUCAACUUCUGUAAUUUCAUAAAUGGAACGUUUGCCAUCAUUUUCACUUUUCACAAAUGCACCUUCCAUUUACACCCCCCAUUGGAGACAAGCACAACUGUAUUACAUUAUGUGAUAAAAGGUGGAGCUGCUGAGAACAGGUGAUUUUGCUGUAUAUUGUCGGAGGUCAUACUGGGGUCUUCAUCAAAGAGAUUUUGCUCUCGAGUGUGGCUAAAUCAUAUGCCAAAGUAGCUCGGGACACGUGGCCUCACAUGAGACCUAGUUGUUUUGUAUUUGAUUAGUUUUUUGUUUUUUAAUUUUUAUUCUGGACUGGAGUUAUUUACUGUUCAAGUUCAUAAAUGACAUAGCUUUACCAUUGCAUUGCAUUA